CUCGCUCAGCCCUUCUCAGCUUGAGGGAGAACGCAAGGAAGAGAUGGCUCAAUCCCUCGGCCUCCUCUCUUCACGGCCCACCGUGAUCAUGCCCUCGAAGCUCUCCUCCUCCAUUCCUUCCGUGACCUCGAUCCGCCCCUCCUUUCCAUGCCCUCGCCGCCUCCAUGCGCUCUUUGUGCGCGCGGCCGCCUCCGUUUCUCCGGAUCUUGGCGUCAUCCCCUUUGACGGCGCCGCGACGUCGUCCAUCGACGUAGACAAAGUCACCGAGUCGGAGCUCAAAGAAAACGGGUUCCGGAGCACCAGGCGGACGAAGCUGGUGUGCACCAUCGGCCCGGCAACCUGCUCCCCGGAGCAGAUCGAGGCGCUCGCCGUUGGCGGGAUGAAUGUCGCGCGGAUCAACAUGUGUCACGGCACCCACGAAUGGCACCACGAGGUCAUCCGUCAGGUCCGACGGCUCAAUGAAGAGAAGGGAUUUGCCGUGGCUGUGAUGAUGGACACUGAGGGCAGCGAGAUUCACAUGGGUGAUCUCGGUGGUGCCGCCUCUGCCAAGGCCGAGGAUGGUGAAAUUUGGACAUUCAGUGUGCGAGCUUUCAAUUCACCACGUCCAGAAAGGACAAUCAUUGUGAAUUAUGAUGGCUUUGCUGAAGAUGUUAGAGUUGGUGAUUUACUUCUUGUGGAUGGAGGAAUGGUGAGAUUUGAGGUGAUUGAGAAAAUAGGGCCAGAUGUAAAGUGCCGCUGCAUUGAUCCUGGACUGCUCUUACCACGUGCUAAUCUCACUUUCUGGAGGAACAGUAGGCUAGUCCGAGAACGGAAUGCCAUGCUUCCUACAAUAUCUUCCAAGGAUUGGCUUGAUAUUGACUUUGGAAUUUCUGAAGGCGUAGAUUUCAUAGCAGUUUCUUUUGUCAAGUCUGCCGAAGUUAUUAAUCAUCUCAAAAGCUAUAUAGCAGCAAGAUGCCGUGACAAAGAAAUUGCAGUCCUUGCAAAAAUUGAGAGUGCUGACUCCUUAAAAAACUUGGAAGCCAUUAUUCUUGCAUCAGACGGGGCAAUGGUAGCUAGAGGAGAUAUGGGUGCUCAAAUUCCACUGGAAGAAGUUCCUUCAUCUCAGCAAAGAAUAGUCAAGACGUGCAGGCAGCUAAACAAGCCUGUAAUUGUAGCCUCUCAGCUUCUUGAUUCCAUGAUUGAGUAUCCUACACCAACUAGAGCUGAAGUUGCUGAUGUCUCAGAGGCAGUUAGGCAGAGAGCAGAUGCUCUGAUGCUCUCAGGCGAGUCUGCUAUGGGCCAAUAUCCAGAUAAGGCAUUGACUGUGCUUAGAAGUGUCAGCCUGCGUAUUGAAAGAUGGUGGAGAGAGGAGAAGCGCCAUGAGGCUAUGGAACUUCCCAUUGUUGCAAAUUCUUUCUCUGACAAAAUCAUCGAGGAAAUUUGCAAUUCUGCUGCCAAAAUGGCUAACAACUUGGGAGUGGAUGCAGUCUUUGUUUUUACAACGACUGGUCAUAUGGCCUCUCUGCUAUCACGGUGCCGCCCUGAUUGUCCAAUCUUUGCAUUUACAUCCUCAACAUCUGUAAGGAGGCGAUUGAAUCUACAGUGGGGUUUAAUACCCUUCCGUCUUAGUUUCUCUGGUGACAUGGAGAGUAAUCUUAACCGUACUUUUGCUUUGCUCAAGGCCAGAGGAAUGAUCCAAUCUGGUGAUUUAGUGAUUGCUUUGUCAGAUCAGUUGCUAUCCAUUCAAGUGAUGAACGUCCCCUAGGAGGAUGUUUGUCUUUGCCUUGGUGUGUCUUAGUGCGUAUCCGAUUACGAAGUUUUGGUGCUGAUGGCAUUCUUGCUUGGCAGUUUGUUAUAUCCUUUAGACAUAAAUACGUUAACUUCAUAUUUUUGCUGGAUCACGCAUCACAUAUGAUGUUUUGAAUUUAAAUUAUGACAUUUGAUCUUAAUGAUUAAUUAAGAGCUCUUGGGCUUCUUUCCA